UUAUUUUAUUUGUAGAUUGUGGUUUAUAAUUUAACCUAAAACUCCCGCAAAGUGAAAAUGCGGUAACCAAACUCACACCCACAGCCCCACGCCUACCAAGUGCUCGACGGAAAGCCCCAACCGUCGAAAUCCCAGGAUGGAGUCGAGCAUCCUAGAGUCGAUCGGCGUCGAGAUCAUCGGCGUCAUGUCCCCAGUCUCGAUCUGCAUGCUCCUUGUUGUUCUCUUAGUCUACGCUCUCUCUCCCUCCAAUCCCUUCUCCGCCUCCGCUCCUCCGAUCCGCACCGCCGCCAACCUCGUCUACCUCGAGACCCCCACCGAUUCCGCCGCCCAAAAGCUCGAAGGCGCCCUCCUCAACGCCCUGGUCUUCGUCGUCCUCAUCGCCGUCGUCACCUUCCUCCUCGUCCUCCUCUACUACUACAACUUCACCAACUUUUUGAAGAACUACAUGCGCUUCUCCGCCUUUUUCGUGCUGGGUACCAUGGGAGGUUCGAUUUUCUUGUCCAUUGUUCAGCAUUUCUCCAUACCCAUCGACUCCAUUACUUGCUUUUUGCUGCUUUUCAAUUUCACUGUUGUGGGGGUCUUGUCCGUCUUCUCCGGCGGUGUACCCAUUUUUCUACGCCAAGCUUAUAUGGUUUCUUUGGGGAUUAUUGUGGCGGCUUGGUUUACCAAGUUGCCCGAAUGGACGACUUGGGUUUUGCUUGUGGCGCUGGCCGUCUAUGAUUUGGUGGCCGUGCUGGCACCGGGCGGCCCACUUAAGCUCUUGGUGGAGUUGGCCUCUAGCCGGGAUGAAGAGCUCCCAGCUUUGAUUUACGAGGCCCGCCCAACUGUGCCAAAUUCUGGGCGUCGUGGGACCGGUUUGGAGCUUUUGGUUGCUGGGGUUUCGGAUUCUGGGUCUGUGGAGCUUCAGGCAGUCCCCAGGGGCAAUGGGAAUCAAAAUGAGAAUGAAAAUGGUGGUAAUUCUGAGUAUACCUCUGUUGAUGUUGAGGUCGCGAAUGAGGAAGGUGAGGGUAAUAGAGAUGAAGGGGAGAGAUUACUAUUGGAGGAUAAUUCACGGGGUAGGCCGUCGCCAAGUAGUGGUUCUUCGAGAUAUUCGAGUAUGAUUGUUCAGUCCGAUAGAGCUACACAAUAUGGCAGUGGGGCAUCUGAAAUUAUUAGCGAGGAAAUGUCUCCUCUUGUUGAAACGACAGGAUUGGAGAAUGAGAGAGAGCAAUUGAGGAGGGAAGGUAGCGAAAUGUUCAGUAAAGGUAUUAAACUUGGUCUAGGGGAUUUCGUUUUCUACAGUGUUCUUGUGGGCAGAGCUGCAAUGUAUGACCUUAUGACUGUGUAUGCCUGUUAUCUUGCCAUUAUUUCGGGACUUGGGUGCACUCUUAUUUUGUUGUCAGUGUACCAUCGGGCUUUGCCGGCUCUGCCCAUAUCGAUCAUUUUGGGUGUUGUUUUUUACUUCUUGACUCGGUUAUUAAUGGAGCCUUUUGUUGUUGGGACAGCUACAAAUUUGUUGAUGUUUUGAUAGUCCAUUAGUUUUUGGUAAGAGAAAGAUUACAUUAAGAGGAAGCUAAUGUUUUGUAGCAUGAGAUCUGUAUACAAAUUAAAAGGUAUUUGUUCCUUUAACUUUCUCUCGUUGUUGCACAUGUAAUUGCUUGUGAUCCAUCCAGAAACAAUGAAUUGGAUAAUGUAAUCAUUUGAGACCAGAAAAUAGAAAGAAAAAAAAAUUGUUCUUGUUA